AUGAUUGAUGCUGUUGAGGCUAAAUGUGAGCUUUCGAAUAUGAGAGUAACUUUGGUCUCUGUUCCAGUGGUGUUUGAUGCUUUUAGAAGAAACCACAGCAUUGAGAAAGCAACCAAAGUGUUGAGGGAUACUCGUGUAUGCCACUUAGGUCAAAAUAAUACCGAUAUCAAUCGAAUUAGGCAUACUCUUUCUUUUCCUAUAAUGAAAAACAAGCUUAUGUCUAUUAUUGUUAUUUUCACCAUUUGUUUGUUUAAGAUACCUUUUAUUGUUAAACUCGAUGCCAAAUCUAUAGGAAGUAACUUUAGUGAUGCAUUUGUUAUUGGUGCAAUUGUGGAUAUGUCAGCUCGAGUAGGCAAAGAGGCUAGAGUUGCCAUGGAAAUUGCCAUAGAUGAUUUCAGAGCAAAAACGAAUCAAAACUUGACACUUUACACAACAGAUUCAAAAGCAAAUAUUGUUCAAGCAAUCAAAGCAGCUACCUAUCUCAUUGAAACACAUAAAGUGGAGGCGAUUUUAGGGCUACACACCAUGGAAGAAGUGGUUUCAGUUGCAGAGGUAUGUAGUGAAGCACAAGUUCCAACUUUCUCUCUUUUUGACUCAGUUCCUCAAUGGGCACUAGAUCGGUGGGCCCCCUUCCUAUUUCAAGCUUCACCUUCUCAGUUUCCUCAAAUGAAAGCUUUUGUUGCUAUUCUUGAAUCUUACGGAUGGAGUCGUUUUACUUUCAUAUACGAAGAUAUCAAUUCAGCAUCCACUCAAAUCAUUCCACAUCUCAUGGAAGCCAUUAAAGAAUCUAGUACUGUAGAAAUAAGCAGCAUUGUAAAGCUCUCACCUUUAUCCUCUUCUUUUUCAUUGCCAAAAGAACUUGAAAGGAUCAGUAAAGAACAAUGCAGAGUGUUUCUUGUUCAUUCCUCUUUGGAAACAGGCGUUCGCCUUUUCCAAAAUGCAAAGAACAUGGGGAUGAUGGAAAAGGGUUAUGUGUGGAUCACAACAAGUUUAAUCACAGAUCUUCUCCACACUGUAAAUUCCUCUACUUUUUCCACGAUGGAGGGCGUUUUGGGAAUUGGGAGUUUCUUCUCGGAGUUUGAUGAUUUUAGCACAAAGUUUCAGAAAAAGUUUAAACUGGAACAACCUGAAGAAGAAAACAACAUCCCUGGGGUUUUUGCAGCUCAGGCGUAUGAUGCUACAUUGAUUGUGGCCUCUUUACAAUUCGUUGACCAAAAACCAUUUGCAUCACAUAUAUUUCCAAUCAUAAAUGUUAUAGGAAAAUACUAUAGAGAAGUUGGGUUUUGGUCGGAAGGACUCGGUUUUUCUGAGGUUAUUAAUGAAAAAACCACUUAUGACACCUCUUUAAAAAGUUUAGGCUACAUUUUUUGGCCUGGGAAACCGUUGCAUCCUCCAAUAGGAUGGGCUAUUCCUACAAAUGCCAAUCCAUUGCGAGUUGGGGUCCCAACAAUGGCCAUGUUUAAAAAGUUUGUGGAAGUGAAAUAUGAUCAUAAAAAUCAUAAUCUCACUUACAAAGGCUACUCAAUUGAGCUUUUCAAAGAAACCAUCAAACUCUUGCCUUAUUACUUGCCAUAUGAAUUUCAUCCCUUUAAUGGAACCUACGAUUCUCUAGUGGAGCAAGUUUAUUUAAAGAAAUUCGAUGUGAUAGUUGGUGAUGUAUCGGUAGUAUCGAGGCGAUAUAAAUAUGCUGAGUUCACGCAUCCGUAUACAGAAACAGGGCUAGUGAUGAUAGUACCUGUCACAUCGUAUCAUGGACAAUGGUUAUUUGUGAAGCCCUUUACAUUAAGCAUGUGGGCUUUAACAAUUUUAAUCAAUAUAUAUAACGCCUUUGUGAUAUGGCUGAUUGAGCACAAAAACACCCCUGAAAUUGGAGGAUCCGCUUUGAAUCGCACUGGAAUUCUUCUGUCUUUAGCUUUCACUAGAAUGUUCUUCACCAAUGGUGAUGAAGUUCAUAGUAAUUUGACCAGAAUGACAACAGUGGCGUGGCUGUUGGCGGCAAUAAUCAUCGGGCAGUGUUACACCGCUAGUCUCACCAGCAUGCUCACUGUUAAACGGCUGAUACCUAAAGUAGCAGAUUUUGAAACCCUAAAAAAUGGUAAUGCAGUUGUGGGGUAUGGCCAAGGGGCCCACGUUGCCAGUUAUUUGGUGGAUGUUCUUGGUUUCAAGAAUCGAAACAUAAGGCCUUUCACUUCUCCAGAAGGAUACGCACGUGCCCUUAAAAACAGAGAAAUAUCAGCGGUUUUUCUUGAAGCUCCUUUCACUAAACUGUUUCUCGCUAAGUAUUGUAAGAGCUUUAUCACUGCUGGACCUACGUUUGGGGAUGGAGGAUUUGCAUUUGUGCUUCCGAAAGGUUCUCCAAUGGUGGCUGAUUUUACUAAAGCGUUGUUGAACGUGUCUGAAAGUGGGACUCUACAAGAGAUAGAGAAGAGAAUGAUUGGUUCUGAGAAAUGUGUAGAGAUGGAUUCGGAUCAUGAUGAGUAUGAAAGUUUGGGUCUUGGUAGCUUUUGGUCACUUCUUGUUUUGACUAGUGGGACUUCGACUAUUGCUCUUAUAAUCUAUGUUGUUAUUAGCUUGAGGGAUUAUUGCCGGAUCGAACAGAAAAGUGCUUGGACAUUGGUGUGGACAAACUGGAAAAAAGAAGAACAAUCAUUAUGUUCAAAUAGCACCACCAUGAUGGGGAUGCCAUUCAUGCACAUGAUGGACAUCAACAAGAACAAUUCUCACCAUGCUGUCAUGUGACAAAUGGAUCACAUGAGGUCAGCUAUAUCUACCAACCUUUUUAUAAAGGUAUGCAGAUGGAUUGGGCUUUCUGGGCUUUUAUGGAUUAGAUUUGGAUCGGGCUCUAGAUGUCAUUGGAUCAGGAUCUUGGAGCUUUGCAGAGGUUGCAAAUAUUUUGGUAGGACGGGUCCUCAAUUUGGCUUUAUCUAGGAUAUUUUUUUUGAUAGAUUUGGGCUGGUU